ACUAAAACUAAUUUACCGACUAGACAAAUGUAUUUCUUAUUCAAGAGCAAUAUAAAUUGAUGCCAUCUCUAAAGACUAAAGUUCUCUGGUGGAAGUGCAUGAUAGAUCGCGAUCUUUGAACCAAAGCAAAACAAAUGAACAGAACUAAAUGUUGCAUGAAGUGGAGUGCAUAUCAUUGGCGGACUGUAAGCAUUGUUAUGUAAAAUUAAGUUCUCAUAAUUGAUCAACUGUCGGUCCGGUUCAAGCAAUAUAUAUACAGACAAAAUAAUAUAACAUACGAACCGUUCUUUAUGUUAAUAUACAAUAUUUGAUAUAUUAUAUGUUAAUAAAACCUGGCUACUUUUAGUUUAAUAUAACGCCACGGCGGGUUCAUUGAUCUGAGCCGCCGAGAAGUUUUACAUUGAGAUGUUAGCUGAAUGUGGUUUAAACAAGCAAAACAAAUUGUCUACUUAUUUCUAUACAAUUUGUUCACAUCAUUUAUUUUGUGGCUUGUGGGAUUUUAGUAACGACAUGUGAAUACAAUGUGGUGUAACAAUGAGCAAAAAACUGAACAAAAAGUAAUAAUGUUGUCGGUAGUAAACACUUUACUCAUGUUUGUGCAAUUUGUUAUUACACUUAAAUUUUCGACCAAUCAAACUACAACCUACGGUAUUUGCAGCGAAGCAUGUCUCAAAAUCGGUCUACUUUAUCACUACUGCUUACUUUCUUCAAGCAUUCAUUUUAAUUUUUGGAAAUGGUGUAAAAAUGCAAUAUAUCGUAUUCCUGAAGAAUGAAUAUAGAUGAUCAUAAAAGAUCGAAAGAUUUCCAAUUACGACUUUGCUGUUAUUUUAGGCAAUUCGCGGAUUCGGGUCUAUUUUGCUCGAAAAUUAGCCAGCAAUAGAAUGGUGGACGGCUCCCACCCCUAGCAAAUUAAAAUAUUUGUCAUUGUGUGCGAUGCAUGAAUUUGAUUUGAUCACGUUUUCAGGUUUUCACUUUGAUCUAUGCCGAAAGCACCGACUGGCAUUCAUUUAAUGCGCUGAAGCGGCGUAGAUCACAAGUGCAGAGAUCAUUGCUUGGCAGACAACUGUACGAGGCACUCGGCAAACACAGAAAGUCAGCCGGGUCAACUCAAACUUCAUAUUUAUUUUAAUAGAAAGACAGGAAGACUAGAAGAAAGGAUUACAAGCUUACACAGAUCAUAUUUCCGUACGACAACUUUAAGUGCUUGUCAAAAAGCUGACUGACUCCGUGCGAAAAACCAGGUCUCAAUUCUAUAAAGAAAAGAGAUUUGAAAAUGGCUUCGAAACCAGAAAACCAUAUUAAACGUCCGAUGAACGCUUUCAUGGUUUGGUCCCGUGCAGAGAGGAAAAAGAUGGCGGAAGAGAAUCCAAAGAUGCAUAACUCAGAGAUCUCAAAACAACUUGGAGAAUUAUGGAAAGAAUUAACAGAAGAAGAUAAGCGGCCACAUAUUGAGGAAGCUAGACGACUACGAGCACUUCACAUGAAGGAACAUCCUGAUUACAAAUAUAGACCACGACGAAAACCAAAAUCAUUGCUGAAGAAAGACCGUUACGCAUUUCCGUUACCGUUUCAACCUAUCCUUGAUCCUUUAACCAAAUAUCCCACACUUAGUCUUUCUUCUGGAAGACCUUUUAUGUCGCCUGAAUACACUCAAACAAUGAAAGCAAGGUCAUUCAUGGCAACAACGUCAACUAACAGUAGAAUUGAAUCAAAUUUUUCUCAAUAUGCUGCAUAUGACACGAACAUAGCAGCAGCUCGACCAGAACUUUUGUCAACAUCUCCUUACUAUUCACCCUCUAUAUAUCCUAGCAUGACAUCACCGUCAAGGCUGAAUCAUUCAGCUAUAAUUCCAUCGUCUCCAGUCAAUUCAAACUCAGCACCACAUACACACACGCAUACACAUAAUGGAGGACCCAAUUCAUCAGGAGGACAGUAUGCUGUUCCUUGUAACUGCCCUGCAUGGCCUAAUCCUGGGGGAAGACCCGUUGCUUAUGUUUUAUUGUAAAUAAUGGACAUGCAGAGAGUAAAGUAUAGCUAUAAAUAGUCUUUAUAGACUACACCUACUUGUAUAUAUAUAUAAAUAUAUAUAAAAUAUUGUAUAUGUAUAUAAAUACACUUGUACAUAU